CGGGGCCUGGAACGCGACGCGCGGGCGGUUGGGGGCGGGCAAGACGGCGGCGCCGGCCGGGGCGCGAGGCCGCCGACCUUCAGCCCCGAGCUCGCACCCCACCGCCCCUCCGCCACAGCCGGGCCGGUGUGCAAAUCAACCUACCACCACUGAAUCGUCACUUGUGUUGUACUAACAACGACUGUUGUAUGCUAACUUCUGCCAACACCAGAUUGAGGUGCUCCUAAUCAAGCAGAUCUUUUUUGGAAGAAACCUUGGUGGGUAAAAGAUGUGCCAUGGAAUGGUAGCACCAAAGAGCAACACAGGAUCAUCUCUUGUCUUGACUAGCCAUGGGUUGUUUCUUCUGCUAGUUAUCCUUGGUAACUUUAUUUUGGAAGCACAGGCCGAAGGUUGGUCCAGCAAAUCCAAAGGACCUGCAUAUUGUCCCCAGCCACCACAACCUGAGAAUGGAGGCUACAAAUGCCACCCUAGUCCUUGCAACGACCCUCUGACUUCAGGCAGUGUCAUAGAGUAUCUGUGUGUUGAAGGCUACAUGCUGAAAGGAGACUAUAAAUACCUGACCUGUAAGAAUGGAGAGUGGAACCCUGCCAUGGAAGUUAGCUGCAGACUCAGCCCAGAAAAGGACUCCCCGCCAACAAUUGGAGUACCCACGCUAUCCAUAGUAGCCUCCACCGCAAGCUCUGUCGCCCUGAUUCUUCUCUUAGUUGUGCUGUUUGUUUUGUUGCAGCCAAAGCUGAAGUCGUUCCAUCACAGCAGGCGAGACCAAGGUGUGUCUGGGGAUCAGGUCUCUAUCAUGGUGGAUGGUGUCCAAGUGGCCUUGCCAUCCUAUGAAGAAGCAGUGUAUGGCAGCACAGGGAACUGCAUUCCACCCUCGGACUCCCGGGUGCAAAUUGUGCUGUCAGAGGGAUCUGGGCAAAACGGAGCCAGAGAGAUGCAGCAGCAGGACCAAGGGGUUCGCAGUAGGCUUGAUAGAGAAGAUGAAGCCCCCGGACACUCUGGACUGUGUGAAGCCAGUGGCUCUCAGCGCUCUGAAACUGUUCUUGUUCAUCAGGCUGCUACCUCUUCCUGGGUAGCUGGCAUGGCUAGCAGUAGACCUGUACAAAAAGAAGUCCAGGAUUCAGAAAGCAGUGACAUACAGAGCCUUUUAUCACUCACUUCCUCUGAGGAAUACACAGAUGAUAUUCCCUUACUGAAGGAAGCAUGAGGCCUGCUGUGUACAUGUCCAGCCUUUUCGCUCUUGGAUUUCUUCCUUCUUCCCUCCCUGCCUUCAGGACAGAAGCACUCUGUGCAGCCUUCCCCAUCCUCGCGAGCUGUGUCCUGGAUACCUCCAAGCAGAGACGCCCUCAGCUGAAGAUCCAAAGGAUGUCGCCAGGUUGCCUCCUGGAUGCACCAGUGGGGCUGGUGCAGCGCUGGCUUCCCCAUUCCAUAUGCAUCAGAGACUCAAGGAACGUAGUGGAUUUGAGCUCUCCUCUCCUUUUCCCCAGCCAGAUGUUUAACAGCAGUCUCUGAAGAGCUGCUCUUUUCUUGUGCCUUUUUCCUCCUCACACCGGCUUGUUGCAGCUUGGCAGCCUCUCUAGCCCUUCUGUUGCCCAGAGUGCAGGGGCUGAAACCAUUUGCUCUCUGGGUGCAGACAGUUUAUAUAUACAUAUAUAUAUAUGUUAUACAGGCUCUUUUUCCAGCAUCCUCUUUAUAACAGAGCAGGACAAACUGCCUCACUGGGACUGAAACUGGCCUUGAGAGGGAUCCCAGGUAAGGGGCAGCCUGUAGUAUCUAGGAGCACCUCAAGUGAGAUAGGCUGCGAGGCAGCUUAGCUGUGCAAUAACAGUUGAAAAUUGCUAGAGUGCUGAAGGCUGAUAAGUCCAAAACAUAGGAACCUCUGCCCCCUUCUCAAAACACACCUCUGUAAGAGUCCACUCCUGAAAAAUCACUUUUGUCUCCUCCUUCCUUCACUACUGGUGCAGCCCACUUGGUUAUGGUGUGUUUCUAGAGGCUGUGAUUGGGACUGUACUGAUAAUAAAACCACUCUCAGCUUUGGUUUGGUGACAGAGCAGCUCCUGUUGUUAGACUGUGGGAAAGCCUUAGGGAAAUGGCCAGUGGAAAGUGUGCAGGGAGCUUGGAGGCUCUUCCUUUCUGUGAAUCAGUAGCAUUUGUUUUUAGGCAUCGGGACUGGAACCAAAUUUGUGGCCCUGCUCUUCUGGGUGAAUUGUGUGUCUUACAGAGCUUUCCCAGUGAAGGUGAUUCUACACUAACACUUAGGUUCCUUUGGUCAGAUCUUCAGGCAGAGGUAAUGCUUUCAGGUGUAACCUGGAAGCAGUUCAUGUGCUUGAGAUUGUCAAGAAAAACUUACGCAUAGAUGGUGAAUGCUUAGUGCCACUGGUGCGAUCCCGAGUUACCUUCCCAGCUGCACUAGGUGUUUUGGUACUUGAGCCCUCCAUACUACCUAAGAGGCUGUUAUCUAGCAAGUGUCUGCUGUUGUGUCCUGAUGGGCUUCAGUGGGCUCGCAGAGAAGGGCUUCGUCAUUUUGGCUUAGGGUCAACAGCACUUACAAGGUGUCUUCUAAGUACAACACAGGUUGCCUGUUGCUGAGAGAGAAGGUUGGCUACACUGACUGGGAGGAUACCACAGCUUAAGCCUGAACGUAAAUUGUGAUCACUUGAAGUUCUGGUAGCAGGGAAUAGAAUCCAAAAAUAUGUACACCUCUGCUCCUUACAGUUACCUACAGCAGGUCAGAAUAUCCUGGUUGCUGUUAAUGGGACUUCAUUUCUGCAGCAAGCCAGCUUCACUUGGGGCAGGUGGUCCAGUCACGGAAGUGUGGUAGUUGUAAGACUCUUUAAAGGGAUGGUCUGGAAACUGGGCUCCAUGAAACUGGUUUAAUCAGGAAAAGUUGGCUUCAUGAAUGCAGGUGUGUUGCCACAACCAUCCUGAAAUAGCCAGAGAGAGCAAAAUGCCACAGCCUUACGUGUCAUGUGGCAAUGAACAGGUAAAUAGGGCUACCCUUUGCCGCUUCGCUUUUGUUUUACAAUCCUUACUAUUCUCAUCCCUGUUGCUCCAGGAUGAUGCUGUCAGAGCACUUAGUAAAAGUGACAUAACACCUUAAAAAUAAAGUAAUAAUCGCUGUGGCUUAGCUCUGGUUCCUGGAAAUGGGGCUUGGCUGUAGUGUCUGGCCCUGCACCUGCUGUUUCUGAUUAGCUGCUUAAUCCUAGGGCAGCUGGGUCAGUGCAUGCCUGUGGAUGGAAGAAUCAUUUUUUCCUCAUCCCUUUCAGAGGGAUAUUACUAAUUUAAGAAUGCAGCUUUGUAAGUUUCUUUCCCUGUUGCUCAUUUUAUCUUAACACAAGGACUUGAUCAGCCCAAUUUGGAUGGUUUGGGUAUUCUUUUGUUCAGUUGAGGUGAUGAGGACGCCAUGUUGUUUUACAGAGGGCUCUUUUGUUCUGUAUUCAAGGACUGUAGAGUGAUAAUGUUUACACAUUUGAUAUUGGAGUUUUAGAAAAUGAGAGUGGAAAUGUUCAUAUUUAGUUUUCAGCUCCUACCUUAAAAUCAAAAUAUUCUCUUCUACUGGUUUUGUCAGGGCUUGUGAAGACAGUGAGCAACUGCAAGGCUGAAUACGUGACUUUCCUAAGUCAUGUGUUUUCUAAGACCUAAUCAGCUCAGAGCAGGAGUUGCUCUUAGACUCUUAAGGACCUUCCUACUCAAACCUGAGCGAUCAGGGGAUAGAAGUGAGGUGUGUGCUGCCUUCCUGCAAGGAGCAGUCCUUUUGGCUCAGUACCGGCUUGGUGAAAGAACCCCUUAAUGAGGCUGGAAGCUGUUGCCAAGGCUGACCUUGCCCUGGAUGAGUGCCUGCUCAGCUUGCAGAAAGCACGUACUGUGUGGUCCUGCCUCUGCUUUCUGCUGUUGUAAAGUGAGCAGCUGCCAGCUUAGGAGAAAAAAAAAUUCUGUUUGGGUGGGAAAAGAAGGAAGCUGUGCAGAAGAGGGGAGUGCUUUCAUUUUGUUCCACAUACAGAAAUUAUGGAAAAUGGCUUUGGUAAUUGGGAAAAAUAUGCAGAGGUAGGAGGAAAGCAUGCAGGCUUAGGUCUUGUGAUCAGGCACUACAGUCAGCCUCUGUUGGACUGCUUGGAGAUGAAGCAGGAGCUCCCAGGGUGCUUUAUAUUCUCAUAUAAAAGAGGGUGGAACAGCUGGGGGAGGAACCUAAGCAGGGACUGCUUGAUAACUUUUUCUGAAGGGGAGAGGGUUUAAGGACUCAUUUAAUUUACUUGUCAGCAAGCAAUUGUUACUUGCUUGUUCUUGUUCUGUGGAGGAUUGGGAAGUUCUUGGGACAGAGGUUUAGGAAGAUGAACUAAACUGAAGAAUCCUGUCUUCACCUCAGAGCAAGGGCUGACAUGUAAGGAUCCCUCAGCCUGAGCCCUGCUGUUGCACAGGGUGUUGGUUGCAUCUGAGAGUGUCCCAAAGGUUGCUGUCAUAGAAGGGUCUCCAUGUGCCAAUAGGGAGUGCAAGGGCUCAGCCUCACAAGAUGCAGCAUGGUGGGUGGGUGACUUGCUUUGGGUUCUUCUCCACAUUUUUUCCCCGCCUACACCUUGACUAAAAGAAUUCAGAGGGAAAUACGUUUCUUAUUUAAUGCCCCUGAUAUAAUGGUCUUACGUUGAGUCAUUUGUGCUUGGCCCCAUAAAAUCAAAGAACAUUAAAGUUAAUUACAGUGGAAGAAUAAAAAUAGCACUUUUAAACUUUUUUUUUUUGUAAGUUAUUUUGGGGUCCAGUAUUUAAAAGGGCAUGUCAGAAAUGUGAAGCACUGCUUGCAAUAAAAAAUGGGGACGAUUGCAAGGAGGGAGCAGCAGGCUCAGCCACUGGGAGUAACCACACAUUGGUGGUGUGCAGUGCAGAGUAGGGAAUACAGGAAGGGAUUGGGGUGGGUGAGGAAGAGCUGUGGCCAAUAAGAGAAGUAUGCUGCAGGCUGAUGAUAGCCAAUGCCUUCAUGAGCAGGUUCUAAGGGAGCUGUGCUUUGUCUGGGUUUAGCAGGCCUGUAGGCUUGCUGGAUAAAAGUAUUAAUGUACAACUAGUAGGACACUGAGAUCUCCUUGCUGGCCUUGGAACAGGCUUGCAAAGCCUGGUUUUCAUGUUCUGAUAGCAGUCAUUCUACAAAAUCUGCCUUCUUAUUCUCUCCAGAUAUCAGCUUAAAUCAAUUUCACUCUGGUUUCUGUAUAUGAAUGCAAUAAACCCCCAUCCGUUUUUCACAUUGACCUCACCCCAGCCUCAGCCUUCAGCCCUUCCCAGGGAGCUGCACACUGAACUUGUUCUUUGUGAAGUGCUUUCUUUGCCGGAGAGUUUUAUUUGGAAAAUUUAUUCUCUAAAAAAUGCUUUGAAAGUGCACAGAGGUUUCCUCCAGCCGGCUUCAUUUGAAGGCAUAUUUUUAUACAGGAGAUGAGCCCUCCUCCGGUCCUUCACACCUUCCCAGCCAGUUCGGAGCAGGGUGUUUCCCACACAGGCCCUGUGUUCAGCACUGCUUCAGGCAGGUCACCCACUCAUCCGUGCCCACCAGAGCAGGCUCCUGAUGCUUUUGCGUUUCUUUACGUAGGCUCUGCUUUUGCUUCCAUCCUGGGGUAGGCACGGACAGAGGCAACGGAGUGUGCUGGAAAAUGUUUCAGUUCUGAUUCUCAACUUCACUUUUAUUUCCCCCCCAACUCAAAAAGAACAGAAGCUAAGUUGCCUAUGAAGCAGCUGUGCUGUGGUGCGGUGGGCAGACUGCUGGUAGCUGCUGGUGCGAAUGCAAGGAGAGCUUGGUUGCCUUUGGUGCAUUAAUCUUCUUUUCCUGUAUGUGUUUGUUAUUUUUAUGUUUCAAUUCUGAAUUGCACCACUAUGGGAUUAUUUGCAGAAUGGUACUCCGUGUGUAUGUGGGGUUAAAAACGAGACCAUAAUUGAUGCUGUGCAGGAUGUCACUCGAUCAGUUCUAUUUUGCUUUAUUUUAUAGAUAUUUUCCGGUAUCCUGUACAUUGCGGUGGGUGUGAAGAUAGUAUUUUAAUAUUUGUACAAAGUUUAAUUUAAUUGUUCUAUGUAUAUAACUGCAUUUCUAAAUUAAAAAAGAAAAAAGUUCUUUUGAAGUGAA